CAAACAGAAGCUUAAGCUAAGAAAUGGCGGCUGAAAUCCGAGGCCCUUCCUCUCUCUUCCUCUUCUACCUCUUCCUCUGCCUCGCUUCCGUGGUUGCAUCCCAGACACUACCGAACAAUGACCAGAAGCGGAUCCUCCUGCGGAUCAAGCGGGAGUGGGGAGGCGAACCCGCUCUGGACUCGUGGAACGUCGACAACCCCACCACCUACUGCAAGUGGCUGGGCGUGGGCUGCGCUGCUGACGGCUCCGUCGUCAACAUCACUCUGUCCGACCAGACCUGGACAAGGAUCACCCGGCCGAUCCCAGCCUCCCUCUGCGACCUCAAGAACCUCACCCACCUCGACCUCAGCUACCAACGCAUCCAUACCCGCUUCCCCACCUCCCUCUACAACUGUUCCAGCCUCCGGUACCUCGACCUCAAGCAGAACGGCUUCGUUGGAGCGAUCCCCGCUGACAUCGACCGACUCUCGCCGCGGCUCACGCUCCUCGACAUCUCCGGCAACAACUUCACGGGCGACAUCCCUCCCUCCAUCGGCCGGCUCCCGGCGAUCCAAACACUGUGGCUAUAUGCCAAUCUCUUCGAUGGAAGCUUACCCGCCGAGAUCGGCAACCUGUCCCGCCUCCAACAGCUUGGGCUGGCAUACAACUCCUUUGCUCCAAUGAGGAUUCCAUCGGAGUUCGGCAACUUGACUAAGCUGACCUUCCUGUGGAUGACCAGUGCCAAUCUCCAAGGCGAGAUACCGCCCCCGUUCGCGCAGCUCAAAGUGUUGACUCAGUUAGACUUGUCGGAAAACUCGCUCACCGGAGCGAUUCCCGCGGGAAUCUGGGGCCUACCGAAUCUGCAAUACUUGUACCUGUACAAGAACAACUUAUCCGGUUCCGUCGUCAUCGACGGGACGAUCGGAGCUCUGGGCCUGGUAGAGAUAGAUCUUUCGAUGAAUCAGCUCACUGGAUCGAUCCCACACGACUUCGGCAAGCUCAAGAAACUCUCUCUCCUCUACUUGUACUACAACAGGUUAUCCGGCGAGAUACCGGCGAGUAUCGGCAAGCUUCCGUCUUUGUCCACUCUCCGACUAUUUAGCAACGGCUUAACCGGCGUCUUACCGCCAGAAUUGGGCAAGAACUCUCCUUUGAUAGACAUUGAGGUCGAUGACAACAAGAUCUCCGGCGAGUUACCGGACGGGCUAUGCGACCGUGGCGCCUUCAAUUCCAUCGUGGUCUUCGACAACAGCCUCACGGGAAGGAUACCGUCGUCGCUCGGAAAGUGUUCGAAGCUCAACAAUUUCCAGAUCCACAACAACCGGUUCUCCGGUGAGCUGCCCGAUGGGAUUUGGUCCGCCAUGUAUUUGACGACCGUGAUGGUGAGUAACAACAACCUCACGGGAAGGAUACCGCCGUCGCUCGGAAAGUGUUCUCCACUGACAACUCUUUUCGUGGACGGCAACCAAUUCUCCGGCAAGGUACCUGAUGGGAUAUGGGCGGCCGUGAAUUUGACAAUUCUUGUCAUGAACGAUAACGCCUUCUCCGGCACGCUUCCCCACAAACUCCCACCGAAGCUUUCGUGGUUAGAAAUCGUAGACAAUCGAUUCACCGGCAAAAUUCCCUCCUCCGCUCCCAGCUUGGUGGUGUUCUUGGCCAGCAACAACAUGUUCUCCGGCGAGCUCCCCUCCAACCUAGCUGGACUUUCAACACUCCAACUCUUCAAUAUGGGAAACAAUAUGAUCUCCGGAAGAAUUCCGGAGGAUAUCUCAUUGCUGAAGUCACUCGCCGAGCUCAAUCUACGCCAUAACCAGCUAACAGGAGAGAUUCCGACGUCGAUCGGGUCGCUGAAGCAACUGACAUCGAUGGAUCUAUCGGGCAACGAGCUCUCCGGCUCAAUCCCAUCAGAGAUGGGUAAUCUGAAGCUCAGUUAUAUCGACCUCUCGUCCAACCAGCUCUCCGGCGAGAUUCCGGUGGCGCUACAGACCGAGGCAUUCGACCAAAGCUUCCUCUCCAACCCAGGACUUUGCGCCUCCAAUUCUCUUCUCAGCGUCCCUACCUGCCCGACCAGGGAUCACAACUUACUCUCUCGCCUUGGCCUUCGCAUCCUCUUGCUCGCUCUGUGCUCGCUCGUGUUCUUGACCGCGGCAACGCUGUUCUCCAUCUGCGUGAUCGGGAAGAACAGGAAGAGGAGGCAUCUCGCCGCAUGGACGCUGACCCCUUUCCACUCGUUGGAUUUCACGAAAUCCGACAUCGUAAAUGGAAUCAAGGAGGAGAAUCUCAUCGGCGUGGGCGGCGCUGGUAAGGUCUACAGGGUCACUCUGGGAAACCAGGCCAGCGAGAUCGUGGCCGCCAAGAAGAUUUGGAACGGUGGGAAUCUGGACGGCAGGCUAGAGAAGCAAUUCCAGGCAGAGCUGCAGAUCUUGGGAUCCAUCAGGCACAAGAACAUCAUCAAGCUGCUCUGCUGCUGCUCCAGCCUCAACUCCAAGCUGCUGGUGUACGAGUACAUGGAGAACGGGAGCUUGCACAAGUGGCUGCACAGGAAACACAUGGCGGCCGGCGGAUCACCGCAAGAGACACCACUGGAUUGGCCAAGGAGGCUGGAGAUCGCCAUCGGGUCGGCCCGAGGGUUGUGCUACAUGCACCACGAUUGCUCACCGCCCAUCAUACAUCGAGACGUGAAGUCGAGCAACAUCUUGUUGGACUCGGAAUUGAACGUUAAGAUCGCCGACUUCGGGUUGGCGCGGAUGGUGGCUAAGCCCGGUGAGCUCGAUACGGCAUCCGUCGUCGCCGGGUCGCAUGGCUACAUUGCUCCAGAAUGCGGGUACAGCAGAAGGUUGAACGAGAAAGUGGACGUGUACAGCUUCGGGGUGGUUCUUCUGGAGCUGACAACGGGAAGGGAGGCAUACGACGGCGGUGACGAUCAGUGUAACCUGGCAGAAUGGUCCCGGCGACACCUUCAAGAAGGUGGAGAACCAGGCGAUGCCAUCGACCCGGAGCUACGAGGCUCAUCGCACGUAGACGACAUGGCGACGGUGUUCGAGUUGGGCGUCCUCUGCACGGAGACUUCGCCUUCGCAAAGACCUUCGAUGAAGGAAGUGUCUCGAUUCCUGAUGCGAUGCAAGAGGGCCUGAAACGAAGCCCUGUGGAGUGGCUCAACUUCCCCAAGCGAAGGAAGGUGGCUUUCCAAACAUUUGAGCAGUGACUGAUGUCCACUGCAGCUGCAUGAUUGAUUGACAACCAAAUGACAUAGAACAUGAUUUUUCUCAUCAUCGUCGCAAGAAGCAGUUCUGUUUGUUAGAAGAUCAAAUUAGGAAACAGAACAUAGCCAAGCAUGCAUCAAAGUGUAGAAGAAAACCACUGUUACAGAUAAAUACUGGCACAGCAUCAGCUGCAGACAGGAGACCAAUCCAUAAGAUUUGUGAAGGGAUCAGAUCUCCUCCUCUUAUUUGCCAAUAGUGAAGAGACGAUAGCAAAAAGGAUAAAAAAA